GGUUGACCACCCCCGUGAAUGCCAAAGUAUGCCACUAAUUAUGAAUCCUCUACAUAAAGCAAGUACCACCCAUUCCAACGUCGAAGGAAAAAACUUAUUAGACAUUAAAUUGUAAGAAUUUUGCUGACUUGUAAGCUUCAGAGACGAAGACACACGGUUAGAGUGAGAAAGAGAUGGCAAUUGGGUUCAUGGAGGUGCAGCUUGUGAAAGCAAAGGAGUUGUGUGACACUGAUUUCUUUGGUAGUAUGGACCCGUAUGUUGUGAUACAAUACAACGGCCAAGAGCAAAGGAGUAGUGUUGCUAAGGGACAGGGCAAUAAUCCGGUAUGGAAUGAGAAAUUUGUGUUCAAGGUAGAAUAUCCUACACUGAGUAAUUCAUACAAGAUUAUCUUAAAAAUCAUGGACAAGGAUCUUUUAUCUGCAGAUGACUUUGUUGGUCAAGCCAUAGUCUAUGUGGAAGAUUUAUUAGCCAUAGGGGUAGAGGAUGGUGCGGCUGAGCUACAACCUCUAAAGUACAGAGUAAUUCGUGCAGAUCAAUCUUAUUGUGGAGAAAUUGAUCUUGGUAUAACUUUUAAGGUGGAAGAAGAGUUCAAUGGAGAAGCUAAACGAGGAUCGAAGGACAGUAAAUAGUAUUUGCAAUAGCAGUUGGCCAACAUGAAUAUCAAUUGAUUUCAAUGGAGAUUUUGGAAUCAUCAUCAUGUAGUUAGUUUCAUCUUUUUAGUUGUAUAUGAUCCUUUUGGAAAGUAGGAUCAAUGCAUAGAUAAAUUUACUAAAUUGUUAUGCCAUCAAAUUAGUAAUAGUAUGCAUUAUUAAUCUUCUAAUUUAUCUUCACCAUAAUUAAUCUCAUUGAUGAUUCAAUCUUGUACUUCCUUAACAUCUAUAUACUAUAUGGGUUUGAACUUUUGUGAGCCA